AUGCCUGCUAAUGAGGAAAAGCAGCUGGUACCUAGCAUAGCUCAGCGCAAGUGCCUGUUAAAAGUUUUUGAUGCGCUUGAGCGGUUCAUCCGUGAUUACGAUCAUGAUCGCGACAGUUUCCAGUUGUGUGUGCGGAUUGAUUCACUGGACAAGGUGAACGAAACCUUCGCGGAGUGUCAGAGUGUGAUCGAGAAGCUGGAUGCACCAGAGGCUCUGGAUGAGCACAUCGAUGAACGCGUUGAAUUCGAGCAACGGUACUGCAAGGCAAAGGGUUUCCUUCUCUCAAAGCGCGCCGGGGAUCCUAACCAGUCGGCAUUGAACGAUUCGAUACACGCUCCACAGCAACAUCAAGCAAACUUCUACCUCCAUCUGCCAAAAAUCGACCUACCGAAGUUCAAUGGGGACUUUUCACGUUGGAUUUCGUUCCGGGACACGUUUACAUCGAUGAUCCACGUGAACGGCGAUAUUCCCACAGUCGCCAAGCUUCAAUACCUUCUCCAAUCUCUCGAGAGUAGCGCCAAGAAACCCUUCGAAUCGGUCGAUAUCGCCGCCGAUAGCUACGCUACAACUUGGGACGCUAUUCUGAAGAGGUACGAUAACCGAAAAUACCUCAAGAAGCAACUCUUCAAGGCGCUGUACAAGUUGCCCGCAUUGAAGCAGGAGUGUGCAACACGCAUCCACGGUUUGGUCGACGAUUUUCAACGUCAUGUUCGCGCCCUAGCCAAACUGGGCGAACCGGUGGAAUAUAGGGAUUUGCCACUCAUCUACCUGCUCUCGUAUAAGCUGGAUCACGCCACACUACGCGCCUGA